GGCUCGUUGAACCCCUUACUUAUCGCAGCCGUCAUUCCCAAAGAGAAGAACUUAAGAUGCAAGUCUCUUCCCGGCAAGACGCUGCCAAUUUCAAUGAUUUCCUAGCGUUCGUCGAUGACUUCGCUGUUGGAGAAUGCGCGGAAAUGAUUCAGCCUGCACCUUCAAGCCCGAACGACAGUACGUGGCUCGAUGGUUUGGAAGAGCUGUUCUGUGAGACCAGCCCACCGCAGACGCUUCCCGAUACCUCUCGAAGCUGCAACGACACUCUAAAGGAGUUAAACCCAACGAAAGCAGAGCAAUCGCUGUCACUGACGGCCGCUCCAUCUACAAAAGGCGCGAAGAGAUUUUUCGGUCGACCACGUGUUAGCCGCAAAGAGGAACUCGAAUAUUUGCGCUUGAAAGUGAAGGAGAUGGAAAACAAACUCCACGAGUUGAAAGAGAAAUCUGACAGUAGAUCCCCUCCUUCAACCACGCCUUCUUCCCCUGACAACCUGCUCAACUCGAUGCAUGUCGAAAACUCCAUUGCGCUCUGGAAAAGAAUGGCUGAGCGACAGAAAACCCAACGAGAACUGGUCGAAGUGGAGAAUGUCAAACUCCGUGAGAAGCUCAAGACGCAGGUUCGAAUGGCCAAAAGUCUCAAGCGGAUCCUCUGCAAACGCACACGAGAUGAAGAUCAGGUUUCGAACACGCCCAAGCGAACGAGACCUCUAUUGCACAGUGUUACCGGCAUUUUCGAUGAAAUGCUGCAAUGUCUUGAUGGCCUUUACGUCGAAACAGACAAGCACAUCGCACACUGCCCCGUGGCAUCAAUGGCAAACCCGGUACUUCGCAAACGAGACGUCAAGGCCAGUGACACUGCAGGAAUGUUUCUCGAGUUUCAAGACAGUAAACUCUGGCCAUUUGAUCUGCAAACUGUCAGUACAGCAACAUGGCGCUUUCUUACUGAAACUGGUGUCAAAUUCAACAAGUACAUCGAGGAGCAUGUUGAGAUGCGGGACGACACGAUGUUGCGGAAGUUUGGCGUUGAAUUUAAACAUGGCGACAGUGUUGCUGUCUUGUUCGGGAGACAAGUGACACGUCGAUAUGUUGCCAGCGAUCGAGUUGUACUUGUUCGCCACUCCAUCAUCGACGAGAUCCAACUGCCAGGAACGCAAACAAGUGGUCUCACAUUCCGCGAGUCGGGCUGGAUCGUACUGAGAAGUAUCCCAGCGUUAGGCUCCCGAUCGGCUACUCUUACUCAAGGGUACUCGACAAUGACACCGGACAUCGACUUGAACGCAGAGUGGGAAGUCGGAACACUGACGGACUUUGUGCUUCACUCACGGGAAGAUAUUGAGGUGGGGAACGACACGAUCAUCGAAAGCUUGCUUCUUGAGGAGGCGGCAAAGCAGUCAGCACAGUAAUCUAUCGAUCAUGUACACGCUUCGCUUAGUUACUUCUCAUGGCUUCUUCGAUUAGCGCGUCUUCAACAGACUGGUGGAUGCCAUCAAGGUUCUCUAGGAACGAGCUAGUCACAAUGUC